AUGACGUCCAAAACUCCCUAUGAAGACAUUAUACGCACUCGACUAACGGAAGAGUUAAAACCUACACGUCUUGAAAUAUUUAAUGAUUCAUCCAAACACUCACAUCACAAAGCUAUGGCUGGUUCCACAUCUCACGAAACACAUUUCCGGGUCGAGGUUACCUCGGAAGCUUUUGCCAAAAAGAUGCAACCCGCAAGACAUAGAAUGGUUUAUGCUUUGUUGAAGGAGGAAAUGGCGAAAGCAGGUGGAAUUCAUGCUUUACAGUUAAAGACGAGAACACCCGAUGAAGAGGCGCUGGAGAAGGCGAAGGAGGAAGGAGAGGCUGUUGCUGAAGCGAGUGGGCCUUAG